AUGGCAAUGAAAAACUACAGUACUAUCACUGAGUUCAUUAUCCUUGGACUAUCUACUGACCCCCAUAUUCAGGCUGUACUCUUUGUGCUGUUCCUUUUGAGUUACCUCCUCACUUUGAUGGGAAAUUUCUUGAUGCUGCUGGUAAUUAGAACUGAUUCUCACCUCCACACACCCAUGUACUUCUUUUUGAAACAGUUAUCCUUCCUGGACCUCUGCCACUCAUCUGUCACAGUCCCUAAGAUGCUGGAGAAUCUACUUUCUGAAAGUAAAACCAUCUUUGUAGAGAGCUGUCUAGCUCAGGCUUUCUUUGUGUUUGCCACUGGGGGUACCGAGGCAUGUCUGCUGGCUGUGAUGGCCUAUGACCGCUAUGUUGCUAUCAGCUCCCCUCUGCUCUAUGGCCAGGUAAUGAGCAACCAGCUCUGCAUUGGGCUGGUGUGGGGCUCCUGGGGCCUGGCCUUUGCUGAUGCUCUCAUCAACAUCCUCCUGGCUAUCAAUUUAGACUACUGUGAGGACCAAACUAUUCCCCACUUCAGCUGUGAGCUGUCUUCUCUCUUCCCUCUGUCAUGCUCUGAUACCUCCACCAACUUCACACUCCUGCUCUGCUCCUCUGUCUUGCAUUUCUUUGGAACCUUCGUUAUGAUUGUUUCUUCCUAUGCCUGUAUUGUCUCCACCAUCCUGAGCAUCAGCUCCACCUCAGGCAGGAGUAAGGCCUUUUCCACUUGCUCUUCUCACCUCACUACUGUGAUCUUGUUUUAUGGCUCAGGUUUCGUCAGCUAUCUCUUACCAACUUCAGGUUCCCCUCUGGAGAUGAUCUUCUCCUUACAAUACAGUGUGAUCACACCCAUGCUGAAUCCCCUCAUCUACAGCCUGCAGAACAAGGAGGUGAAGGCAGCUAUGGGAAGAAUGUCCAGAAAAUAUUUUCAUCAUUUCAUGUAG